AUGACUAUAGACUAUUCUAAGUGGGAUAAGUUGGAGGUUUCAGACGAUGACGAGGAAUCUAAGAUAAAUGUCACCAAGUUGGAUAAAAACCAGCAGGUAGUUAUACAAAAUGGGGGUUAUUCUAUUGUAAACAAGUCUGAUAACUCGAAUUCCACUCAAUUAUCUUCCAAUACUGGCUCAGGUGGCAAUACCUCCAGGCUAGAUUUAAACAAAGAAUGGUAUAAAAGUGUAUUAUACGGUAUAGUAACAGUAAAUUCUCAUAUAUUUACGCAAGAUAGAUAUGAAGUAAAUUUUCUUCUCCUAAUUAACUUUGAUUACCUAAAACUACAAGUAAAACUCGAUGAAUGCUCAAUAAAAGUAUACAACGUCAAGAGCUCCAACGAUUUUAGUUGUUUGGAGGGCAAUUUCGACAAAUCAGCUGAAUUGAUACUAUCUAAAGAAUUUUACAGUAAGAUUAAAGAAGAUGAGAAUUUUUGGAAUUGGGAAAUUGUGACUCUGGACAUUGACUGGGAAGCUUUGAAAUCGUUCUCAAACUCUGUUAAUAAGGACAAGAAUUCUCAAUGUUCUUUGUAUUUUACUAAAGUUGAACGGCGUAAAUUCAUUAAAGUUAAUGUGCACAAACAUGUCGACAUCCAAGAUUGUUUUAUUUGGUGGCCCAAACUUUUCAAGGAUGAUUUGGAAGAGAUAAAAGUUGUGGACAACUCAGAGUUUAGUAAAGUGUGGGAUAAAGCUCAUGAAGAGUUUAAGAGGAAAAUAUCAAAAUUUGAUAAAAUUCCAAUCUAG